AUGUACCGCACGGCUCUCCGCCCUUCGCAAAGCGCAUUGCGCGCAAUCCGGCCCACCACCACCUCCUCCCCGUCGGCCCUCGUCUCCUCUACUGCCCGCCGCUUCGCCUCCACAUCCGCCGCGCCCAAGAAGAGCACAUGGAAGGGUGCCGCCGUACGAUGGGGUCUUGCCGCCGCUGCCGUCUACUACUACAACACCAGCCCCGUCUUUUCCGAUGAGCUUCCCGAGACCGCCGGUACCGCCCCCUCCCAGCUGACCGACGCCGACCUUCCCACUGUCGAUGCCAUUGUCGAAGAGAAGAGACGCCAGGCCGCCGAGCAUGCUGCCGCCAGGAAGGCUGCCCAGGCUGCCGCCAAGAAGGACGCCACCCCUGCCACACCUUCCGAGUCGGUAGAGGAACAGACCACCAAGGUCGAAGCCCAGGCUGAGGCCAUCCCCGAGGGCAAGUCCAAGCCCAAGUCCGAGUCAAGCGAGGGUGCCAUCCCCGAGGCUGGUGCCUCCCCUGAGGCUCUCCAGCAGGAGGCCGAUGCCCAGGGCGCCUUCAACCCCGAGACCGGCGAGAUCAACUGGGACUGCCCGUGCCUGGGUGGCAUGGCCCACGGCCCCUGCGGCGAGGAGUUCAAGGAGGCUUUCAGCUGCUUCGUCUACUCCAAGGAGGAGCCCAAGGGCAUGGACUGCAUUGACAAGUUCUCUCACAUGCAGGACUGCUUCCGCAAGUACCCCGAGAUCUACGGCGCCGAGCUAGCUGACGAUGAGGCGGCUGAGAACGGCUCUGUCCCUGCCCCUGCCGCCGAGGGCACCCCCGCCAAGGAGGAUCCUGAGCUUCCUGCUGCCGCCUCUCCCGUUGACGACGCUCCCUCUGAUAUCCCCGCCUCUGCCAGCGAUGCCACCACCGAGAAGACCUCCGAGGUCGUCCCCACCGCCGCCCACGAUGCUACUGCUGCCAACGGCGACAAGAAGCAGCAAUAA